CAACUCCAAUGUGAUAAAGCCGUUGACCAACCCUCAGGACGAGAUGAUCAAAAAGCUAGUCUACUUCCAGGAGGAGUUCGAGUCGCCCUCCGAAGACGACGUCAAGAAGAUUACGCCCUUCCCUUUGGGAGAGACCGAGUCAGACAGUCUCAAAAGGUUCCAACACGUGACUGAAAUGACUAUUUUAACCGUACAACUGAUCGUCGAGUUCUCUAAACGAGUGCCCGGUUUUGACACACUCUUAAGGGAGGAUCAAAUCACUCUCUUGAAGGCCUGUUCGAGCGAAGUAAUGAUGUUGAGAUGUUCCCGCAAAUACGACAUCAAGACCGACUCUAUAGUGUACGCCAAUAACCAGCCCUACACCAGAGAGAACUACCGGAGCGCUAGUGUGGGCGACUCGGCUGAUGCACUGUUCAACUUC